AUGAUGUCUGGUGAUGCUUUUUCACUACCCUCUUCACUAGCAGGGUUUGCUCAAGAGCAGAAUAAUGCAAACCCUAACUCUAAACCUAAUCCUAAUUCAGUGGCGGCCAAGAGGAAAAGAAAUUUACCCGGAACACCAGAUCCAGAUGCUGAGGUUAUUGCUUUAUCUCCAAAGACUCUCAUGGCUACAAACCGGUUCAUAUGUGAAAUAUGCAAUAAAGGAUUUCAAAGAGACCAAAACUUGCAACUUCACCGAAGAGGUCACAAUCUUCCAUGGAAGCUAAAGCAAAGGACCAACAAAGAGGUACGAAAGAAGGUCUAUAUUUGUCCAGAAAAGACCUGCGUUCACCACGAUCCAUCUAGAGCUCUCGGAGACCUAACUGGCAUAAAGAAGCACUUUAGCCGAAAACAUGGGGAGAAGAAGUGGAAAUGUGAGAAAUGCUCAAAGAAGUAUGCAGUUCAAUCAGACUGGAAAGCUCACUCCAAGACCUGUGGGACUAGAGAGUAUAAAUGUGACUGUGGGACUUUAUUUUCCAGGAAAGAUAGCUUUAUCACACACAGAGCCUUUUGUGAUGCCUUAGCUGAAGAAAGUGCAAGAAUCACUUCAGUUCCAGCAACAAAUCUAAAUUUCAGAAAUGAUACAGUAAAUUUGCCUCAUGGUUAUCCUAACCGCCCGGGAGCUCCAGAUAUCGGAGGCAUUCCCCAAUUCGGUGCAGGUUUUGGACCUGAUUUCAGUGGCAUGACUCCAGGAAAUUCUCUUGGAGCUGAUCAACAAAAGCCUGGACUUUCUCUGUGGCUAGAUCAGGCUAAUUCACAGAUGAGUCCCAAUUCAAAUCUUUACGUGCCUUCGAGUUCUAGUGGUUUGCCUGAGUUGGUGCACAUGGGAUCAGCCAAUCUCUAUGGUUCAUCAUCCACAGGCAAUUUUGGGAAUUUAACCUUAUCUGGACUGCCUCAUGGGCUAAAGGAAGAAGGUAGUAACAAAGCAAAUAUGGUGGAUACAUCAGCUUCUUUGUAUUCUGAUAGUAUUCAAAACAAGCAAUCAAAGCCGACUGCAGUGCCUAUGUCUGCCACUGCACUUCUACAAAAGGCAGCUCAAAUGGGUUCUACAAGAAGCAAUCAAUCUUUCUUUGGCAACAGUUAUGGACUAAUGAGCUCUUCUUCUUCUUCUCCUACAACAAACCCCAUCUCUCUCAACCAGAAUCCAAACGAGCUACACCAAGUCUUUCAAAAUGUUAAGCAACAAGCCGAGAGGCUAACAAGAACAAAUAGUGUUGCAAUGAGUGAUGAAAUGAUGGGUGCAUCAAGCAAUCUUGAUCGACUUGUGAUGCAAACAAGUGGAAAGCUACAAAAUGACUCGACUCAGUUGAAGCUUCAAAGGGGUUCAAAUUCUAUCGAGAGCGGUUUAACAAGAGAUUUUCUUGGUAUGAGUAGUGAAUCCGGUCGUCCAUUUUCACCACAAGACUUAGCUAAGUUUGCUUCAAUUAGAGGCCAGACCGAUAGCCUACAAAGAUGGAAGGGAAGUGGGGAAUUUUUGCACGAUGGCAAGCCUGGGUUUGAACCACUAACCAGCUGUAAACCUCUCUCCUAA